CCAGCUACCCAGCAAGCACAGAUAAAAGCCCGAAUUUACCACUAUUACCAAUCAGUCUUCGGAGAUCCAGAGAAAGAGGUAAUCGCUAUAAUGCUUCUACUGUGAUGUUUUGUGCAAUAUACCUUUUACUUAUUAUCUUUGUCGUUUAGGGUGUUCCUAUUCAACAACAAAUCAUCGAUUUAGCUGGUCAAACAUCAAAUAUUAAAAAUCCUCUUGGUAGUAAAGAGAAUCCCGGACGAACAUGCCGAGAUUUGCAUGCUUGUCAUCCACAACUCAAGAACGGUAUGAUUUUCUCGUUUGGAAAAAUGUGCCUUUGUAAUGUUAUACGUGCUUAGUUUAGUUUAGUUAUGUUAGUUUAGUUUCCUCCCUAGAUCAGUAAGAGAUGAUCUUUAUUGGACCUCUAGGAAGAAUAGUUUAGAACUGAUAGAGCUAUCCAGUAUAAAUAAAGUUAGUUUAGUUUAGAUUUCUUCCUGCAGUAACACUGGAUCAAUAAGAGAUGAUCCUUACUGCACCGCUAGGGAGAACAGUUUAGAACUGAUGGAGCUAUCCAGUAUAAAUAAAGUUAGUUUAGUUUAGGUUUCCUCCUGCAGUAACACUGGAUCAAUAAGAGAUGAUCCUUACUGCACCGCUAGGGAGAACAGUUUAGAACUGAUGGAGCUAUCCAGUAUAGAUAAAGUUAGUUUCUAUUCCUAUUAUUUAGGUUAUUAUUGGAUUGAUCCAAAUCUUGGCUGUCCUGUUGACGCUGUUCGAGUGUUUUGUGAUUUUACUGCAGGAGGAAAAUCUUGUGUCGCACCUUCACCUGAACGGGUUAGUUCGUAAUUUCGAUUCUUUUUCAUUUCGAAUUGUAUUUUGUUCUUGUAUUAAAGAUGGAUCUCAUUAUGGUUCACUAAGUGUCAACUGGCACUCGUGUAUAAUGUUAUUUUUUUCAAAACGUAGUCCUGUCAUAGGUUCAAUGGAGGAAAUAAAAGCUUGAGAGAUAUAAAAUAUACAUUGAGUAGUUCUCAAGCUUUUGUAUUCUAGACUGUAGGGUCAUAUUUGUGAUGUACUCAGGUGAAUAUGAUGUUUGUGAUGUUACUCUGAGUGUGCAUCCACACCGGGCAAGCUGAAAAGUUAAUUGCUUGGCCAGGGUGGGAAUCGAACCCGCGACCUUUGGGAUACUAGUCCAAUGCUCUGCCGACUGAGCUACGCGGUCAAGUCGGUUCGAGUUGAUGAUAUUUCGGAACUGAGUCUAGUUCCUUCGAUAUCAGUGUAUUCUAAGAUAUGAUAUUUGUGUGUGUUGGUGUUAUGUAGUCAGGUGAAUAUGAUGUUUGUGAUGUUACUCUGAGUGUGUUAACUAGAGACCUGGCUCCAACUGAUAAUAUGCGAACUCAUACUAUCUCAACCCAUCUAUAGUGUGAUCGUUCCCUAGAAGAACCGGCUACCCAUCGGGCUAAGCUUAAUUUGCCUGAUCCUAUGAGUGGUAACCUUCUGGGCACCACCUGCCAUCCAGUAACACUUAUUAGUACUUAAUUCAUCAUUAUCCCCCAUUUCAAACUUAGAUUCCAAAGCGAAGCUGGUCGCGUGGUAAGCCCAAAGUCCGGAUUCCAUUUUCAAACGUUGCCUCGAACUUCACGUUCCGGUAUCCAAUCUCGAGAGUCCAGUUCAACUUCCUUCGCUUGCUGAGCACGGACGCCAGUCAGCGCGUAUCGUACAACUGUAAGAGCUCCACCGCCUGGUAUAAUAAACGCGAAAAGAGUUACAAAUUUGGUGUCAGGUUUUACGGUUGGAACGGCAGGAAGUUUAAACAUAAGGGAAAGUUAAGACCUCGAGUAUUGAGUGACGGCUGCAAGGUAAGAGGUUUUACUCUUUAUGCAUAUCUUAUUGGUGUUGUUAUUCUUUUUAAUCUUAUUUUGCCACUGUGAGCCCUUCAAUGAACUACAACUGAAUUUCAAGGGGCCGUUGCUAAAAGUAAUACUAUACAUUAAUUAGUGUUACAAUUAAAAGUUAAUUAAUGUAAGUUGAGGAGAUGAAAUUAAAAUAAGUUAUUAAGGAAAUCAAUAUAACAAUUUGAAAUGAAUAUAACAAUUCACAAAAUGAAUAUAUUCAAUUUCGAAUUAAUGUGAUAAUUUCAAUGGGAUCACAUUUCUUUCUUGAGAAUAGCCCUGAUCAUUCGAGUGAAAUUCAGAGUGAAAUUUGUUUUAUUAUAGUAUGCAUGGUUUAUGUAUGGUUUUUAAGCAUGAAAAUUAUAAAUGAUCGGACUGGUUAUGCUCGCAAGAGCGAUUAGACAAUGGCUUAAUAAACUAACUAAUAAUUAGCUAAUUAGCUGUAAUUAACCAGCCAACUAAAUAACUAACUAUUGAAGUAAUUAAAAUAAUAGCUACAGUAUUUAAAAAAGUGACUUAUUAACUGGUUGACUAAUAAGCUAAUUAUAACUGAUUAACUGACUACUUAGGCAACUGACCAACUAAUUAACUGAUUAAUUAACUAACUGAUUAACGAACUACCUAACUGAGUAAUUAACUGAUUAACGAACUAAUUGACCAACUAUUUAUUACUACUUAACUGACUACUUAGGUUACUGAUUAACUAAUUAAAAUUAACUGAUUAAUUAACUAACUGUUUAACAAACUAAUUGAUUAACGAACCAUCUGAUUAACGAACUAAAUGUCCAACUAUUUACUACUAACUAACUAACUACUUAACUAACUGAUUAACUAAUUAAUGAUUGACUAAUUAACUGAUUAAUUGACUAAUUAACUGAUUAACUAACUAAAUAGUACUCACCUUUUUGUGGAAGUCACUAAUUGACUGUCUAAAGGUUUAAUUAACCAAAUAGCUAAUUGUCCAUUUACCUAAAAAUCUAAAAUUGCCUAUUAAUAUUGGUUAUUGAUUUAUCAAAAAAUAUAAAUUUAAACUCAUUAAAUUGCUAAUUAAGCGUAUACUUUUUAAGUUUUUCACCAAAAAAGUAAGUUUUUAAUUUCUCAAAUUUCUAUUUCGAUAUUUAUUUUUCUAGGUCGACGGCCACAAAUGGCGAAAAACAGAUUUUCUACUAGAAACGACAAACUUAGAAUCAUUGCCUAUUGUUGACUUCAGUUUCUUUUAUCGAGGAUUAGCACAAGAGCAAUUUGGAUUAGAAAUAGGGCCAGUCUGUUUCUACUAG